AUGAUUCGAUAUUGCUAUCUAUUGAGAUCGAUGAAGAUGAACGAUAUCGAUGUUAAUAAUAUCAACAACAAUAAUAACAAUAUUAACAAUAGCAAUCAUUAA